AUGGUUUCUUCCAGCUUUUUCAACAUCCUCACGGCCCUGCUGGCGGCAGCACCUCUGGUCGCUGCGCAGACCAAUGUCUCCCCGCCGGGCCCCACAACUGGAUCUUUUGUCGCCGAGCAGGUCAUUGCUGAAGACGCAAUUGCGCCGGCGGCGCCCACGCAGAUUGGAGUUGGUCGGUAUGAUGCCAGAGCACAGGUGGUUCGCAGAGAGGACGCACACCCGGGCCCCCUUGAAGGAUGGUAA